AAGAUUGAUGCAGCAUGUGUCUAACCCUAAAACUUGUUUCACACAAAGGUGCAUGUAUCAAAUCUGAAGUUGAAUCGCGCUCUACUCUUGCAACAUUGCGCGCAACAAAUUUCAUCGUGUGAACAGGGCUUAAACAUUGUGUGCAACAUUUUGAAAUUUUCAGCCAAUCAGCUUGCACCAAAUUUAUUACUGCUGACCAAAUAUCUUAACGUAGCAGGCUAACACAAGUGAUGUUGCGUGAUUUUGUUGAAAUUGGUGUCACCCCGAUUCAAAUUUGUCGCUUGCAAUGUUGCGUGCAAUGUUGCGUGCAAUGUGGCACCGUGUGUCGGCACCUUAAAGUCUAUAAUAGCCACUCCUGGGACCGAAUUAUUAGUUACGUGACAAGCCCUUGACACAUCACAUGAUGACAUUAGACACCCACAGCAUUAAUUUGAUGAGGAUUACAGUUUAUCCCAGAUUGAUUUAUAGGGCCUUAGCAUGUAUAAAUAUUGUAGUUAUGGGGGCAAGAUCAAACAGCUCCGCCAUAUUAUCUCACGCUACUCAUUCAGUCCCAAAAUUCCCUGCGCCACUAAGGCAUCACUAGUCUAUCUCCCAACUUAGAAACAGACCCCUUGCAUGUGACGUCCAGGGAGUUCAAUUUGGACGACAAAAGAAUUUCAUAUCCUGAGAAUAGGGAACCUAUUGUUUUGGCAUCCAAAUCGAGCUGCAUUCCGACGGGCCGCGAGGGGUCUAUAAGGAAUAUUGAAAGCUUUUAACCCAUCGUUAGAACAAAGGAAGCGUGCGAUAUAUCUGCACUUUAUUACUCAUACAGUUAUUAUAAAAAGGGUGAUAUUCCAUUUUUAUAUUUUUCAAUUAGUUAAAUUAAUAUUAAACACGACUCAAGCCAUGGAAUCUUCUAGAGAUAUUAAAGUAUUUUCUUCAAUAAACAUUUUUAGCAAGAAAUUCUAUUUUCAUAGUAACUUACUCAAUCAAUUUUAAAUGCAAAAUAAAUCUUCCUUAAAACCUUGAGAUGCUGUGGGUUUUGGUGUCUUACAAAACAAAACACGUGCAAAGAUUAAAAUACCAUUAAUUGAGGUUACUAUGACAACGAAUCGAGAAAAUGGAAUGGAAUGUGCACUCAAAUGGCUUUUGUAUAGAAUUCAAAGACCACAAAACGGUGAUGUCUUUAGUAAAUGGUUGUUAGAUUUUUGCAUUUGGUUUUUGGUUUUGACAAAAAACUCGUUAGAUAUUUAAUAUUUUCUCAGUGCGAGUGGCCAAGGCUGCAGAGAAAGUUAUCGAAUAUGACCGAAACAGAAGUAACAGUGCUUCGUUUAUCGCGUUCAUAUUCAGAGCAGUUCUACUGCAACUCGUCCACARCAUCAAACCUCAAUACACCCUGUAACUCCUUCUACGACUUCAAAACUAAGCUAAAAAAGUUAUUCGGGAUCAAGAUUAUAACCUACCAAGAAAACUUCGAGAGAGACAACACCAUGGCAACAAACUACAGCCUGCCAUGUGGGGAGGAAUGYCCGGAAUAUAUGUACGAAUAUAUCAAGAUAAAAAAUGGAUGGAUAUCGUUCUGUAGCCAAAAGAGUGGGGACUAUGGAGUUGACGCGACAAAAUUUUUCAAAAGGGUCUAUAAUCGUCAUCUUAGCAAGUCUGUUUUUGUGACCGCGUUUGAUUGUAACGACACGGCCAAGCUAUUCGUUGAUUUUAUUUUGUACAACCGCAUCAAAGCGAAGCUACAGAGGUAUGUUGGAUUCAAAGUGCCACAUAUUCCUCCUACGAGGCUUUCAAAGAGAAGGCUGCCUUGUCGAAAGCACAUUUUUGCAUCGGAAGGAGAUUUCAAUAAGUGUAUUGAAAAUCUACGGAGAAAGAAUGAUGAAAUACUAUUCCAGAAAAAUGUACGUGGAAUUCGACUCUUGGAUCAACUUCGAGAUCACAUCUCGGAAAAAAGCUGCAAAAUACUGGCGCUGGAUCUGGAAGUCUUCGAAGAGAAUCCUUCGGAUAUUCUUGAAAUUGGGUGCGUUGUCUUCCGAAUGGUUUCCUUGGAAACCAGGUCGCAAGUGCUGGGUUGCAAUCAUUAUAUCAUUCGAGAUAAUAAGCAUCUUAAAAAUGAAUGCCUCAUGCCGGAUAACCGGGAUGGCUUCCGGUUCGGAGUGACCCAGGAGAUUUCGUUGUUGGAGGCCAAGAGAAUCAUAGAGGAUUUGUCACAUAGAGUUGAAUACAUUACUGCGCAUGCGGCAGAAAACCUUACCGCGUACCUCAAGGAACGAGGCAUCGACAUCMGGGGAGUUAAAGUCAUCGAUACUAAGUUAUUACACACAGCGGUUUCUCCCUUUGUAGGUGAUCACGUGCAUAGGGAUCUGCAAUGGGUCAUGAACGAUCUGGAAAUUCCGCUGGACAUAAAUAACAAUAUCCGAGCCGACGAGAUCWUGAAUAAUGCGGGCAAUGAUGCUUUCUUUACUAUGGAGGUUUUUGCGACGCUGGUUAGGAUGAAACCAAUAGAAARCGGACUGGUUUGAAUCAAAACUAUUUGACCUUUUUACUCGAUCGUUUGGUUACAGUCAAACUAAGAAAACCUUGAAAACCUAAAUAUAUCUGGAAUGUKAAGCAUCGUGUUCUGACAAAUGGUAUGUGCGAAUGAAUUUGUUUCUAAUUAACAGUCGCAUGCCAUUGGUCAGGAUACGAUGUUUAACAUUCCAGACAUAUUUUAGGUGUUCACAGUUUUCUUAGUUUGAAUGUAAUACCGCUGUGAAAUUUGACUGCAGACUCGUUGAUACAGGUUWAGCCUYKUUUUAGGACUAUGAUUGACAAGAGCCAACAUUAUAGCGCAUGUGCAAAAUAGACAAAACCAAGAUUUUUGAAAUCCCUUGGUCGUUGUGGAAACUAUGAGUAGCUGAAUUAUAAAUAGACAAGUCCGAAGCAAUUCAAAACGGCUUUACAUUGACAAAUACAGAAAAAAAUACAUACUCAAGGGAAUGACAUGUGAUUUGAAAAGACAAAAUCAGUUAUGUUUAUAUACUAGAGAUCCUAGUGUCACUGAUAAAGAUAGCAUCAUACUGAAGGG